UUCUCUCCUCUUCCUCCCGUCAUUUCUGCGUCCCUUCUAGUUCUACAGUUACAGGAGUCCCGUUUCAGUUUAAUCCUGUGUCCUGCCUUCUGGCACGGAAUCGAGAGGAAUUGAAUUCCAUGGAGGUCAGGUCCUUCGAGCGUGUCCACGUGGCAUCCCAAGUUGCUGAAUGAUUUCUACUCGUGUUCGUGCAUUAAGCUGUACCGACUUUCUCUUUUUGGGCACCGAGGAUCUGUCUGUUUCAAGAGGAGUUGUUCGUGAAUCCACUCCGUUAUCAGGGUGAAAGAAAAAGUUCGCGCGUUUCUCCAUUUCGUGGAUUUGUACUUUUGAGGGGCACAUUUAGGGUAGUUGGUUUUGGUUCCGUGGUGAUUUGGUGGAGGCUGGGACUAAUAAAAAAAGUGGCUCUUUUCCUGGGUUUUGAUCUAGGGGUCGGUGCGGAUCUGAGGUGAUUCUUGGUGUAUUUGGAAGGGAAGGAAGGAUUCGGAGAAUUCGGUAAUUUUUUUUCCCUUCUUUUGUGAUGGCGGACGACAAUGUGAAAUCCCGUUAUGUGAAGCUAAGGAAGGACCAAGAUGGCCCGGCGGAGGAGAUUGUGCCGGGAGAGCUGAAUCAGCCCAUUCAGGUUCCUGAGCUGGUUGUGCAUAAAUGUCGCGAGUGUGGACAGCCUCUCCCUGUUAAUCACGAGCCUCCUGCUGAUGAGGCCUGGACAACUGGGAUUUGUGGCUGUGCAGAAGAUACUACCAGUUGUUUGCAUGGAUUGUUCUGUCCUUGCGUGCUGUUUGGCCGCAAUGUCGAGAAUUUGAGGGAGGACAUUCCUUGGACUAAGCCAUGUGUUUGUCAUGCUAUAUUUGUUGAAGGAGGCAUGGCCCUUGCAGCAGCAACUGCUGUACUCCAUGGUAUUGACCCAGGGACGUCAUUCCUGAUUGGUGAAGGUUUACUGUUUACAUGGUGGAUGUGUGGUAUUUAUACAGGGCUAUUUCGGCAAGAGUUACAGAAAAAGUAUCAUCUUAAGAACUCGCCAUGUGACCCUUGCAUGGUUCACUGUUGCAUGCACUGGUGCGCACUUUGCCAAGAGCAUCGGGAGAUGAAGGGGCGGCUGACGGACGAUGUGGUUAUGCCCAUGACAGUCGUGAAUCCUCCGCCUGUGCAAGAGAUGCAGCUGCCUGAAAGCCAUAACCCAACAAGCGACAAGAAUACCGACCAAGCCACUCUCGAGAUGGAACCUUUGUAAUGAGGUGCAAACUACAGAUAAUCUAUUGCCCGUUAUUUAGCACCACAGUAAAGAUCACUUUGUGAUUUUGAGGCACGGAACCCCUACAACUGAACAGUUCGCCUCCCCAUUUUUUGGUGUAAUAGAAUUUUUCAGUUGUUACAGUGAAGGACCUUAUAUUUUGGAAAAACAUUUUCGUUCUUAUUUUGUUGUAAAUUGAUUAAGCAGUUGACCCCGCAUUCCGUUUUCUUUCC